AUGGGCUCCUUCUUUCUUACUUUUUUCACGUAACCUCGCCCAAAAUCGAGCUGCGCUCUUGAUUUCAUUUAUAUCGCUAUGUCUUCAAGGCUUCACUCCUCUUUUCUUCCUUCUUAUUAUGGAUUUACUGUGCUGUCACCGUCGUCGUCGUCAUCGUCCCCACCUAACGACCUUGCCCAACGAACUGCUCAAUGAGAUCGCCUUUUAUGUCGCUUGUGACACUCUCGUCGGCCUUCCCGUUUCUCUCUUACCCCUUUUAUUGACCUGCAAGAGGGUCUACGAUGCCUUGAGGGAAGACCAGGCGAUUUGGAGAAGAAUCUUCCAGUUCAAGUUCAGCUGGAGUUCGGUGGAAAGGAGAGAAGGUGCUGGUAGUUAUGGACGGAAGAGGAGGCCGAUAGACAAUGAAGAUUAUCGUUUUCAGCUCCAGCUAAACGUUCGAACAUUGAAGGAUAUCCGGACGAGGGUUGGGUCCUUGCGCUCUGCAUUGUCUUCGUCGCCUGCCCGUGGUUUGGAGAACGGCAGUCGUAGUGACGAUGGCAACGAGGAACAAGCGAUUGCAGAUCCCAUUUCUGACCCCUCCCACGUUGAAUUCGAUGAAUCACAGAGCGUUGAAGAGAUCAUGUGGGUUUUAUGGGUGAUGUGCCUCCAGGACGACGGCUGCAAUCGCGUCCAGAUGGAUGGAGUUGGCGUUUAUGAAUGGGUUGAGUUUUUUGUUCGCAGAAAGCUCUACGACGGUGCAAUUGAAGGUUGGCCUCGAGACAAUGCUGUGAAUAGCUGUGCGCUGCAUGUACUGUGGUAUCUCACUACUAAAGAACGCCUAUUCUCAGAAUCUGACCAUGACCGGGAGUCCCUAGUCCGAAUCAUCCUUCCCUUCGUCACGAUCCCAUUCCGCUAUUCAUCAUCAUUCGCCCCUCCGAACCACUUCCACCUACCGCCUGGUAAUGUCCACUGUCGAACGACAUCAAUCCCCGCCGCUCACGAACCCUACCCACUCUACCUCUCCCCCGACCAACGUGUAUGGAAACACGUAUUCUACAACCGUCGAGUACCACUAACCAUCCCUCUCAUCACCGACGCUGCCAAACUCCUCUACGCAGCGCGUCGUGAGUUAUGGAGGAUCCCCUUGAUGCCCGAGUUUGCGAGGACCAGAACCGAGUAUAAUCUGCGUACGCCGGUUCAGGGAGGCGGAUGGCGGCCCGCCCAACCUACACAAGAAGACUUUGAAGAGCUGAAUGAGAGUCUUUUGGGUGGUGGCGCUCUGCAUCGGGUGGCUCCAGGUUCAGGUUCAGGUACUGGACAGAAUUCCUGUGGAAGAUUAGGGGCAAAGGGCCGUGGAGGCGGAACAGCGUUGACUUCGCUUCCUAACGUGAUAUACUCCCCACACAUCUCAAUAUCUGACAUUGGCUAUUCGGCCCGCCACGUCAAGCAUAUUAUCCAGGUCGACGAGUCGGGGUGUGCGAGUCGAAGAUGGGAUAAGGAUUGGUGGAGGUUAAGAAAGUGCUUGAACUGUUUUGAAGAUGGUUCUUCGUUCCUUUUUGACGAUGCUGACGAUGAUGGCGAGUGGUCGGAUGAUACAUGUGUGGAUAGCCAUGGCGAUGUGGAUAUCGACGUGGACCAUGCGCAGGAGAAUCUACAUUCGGAAGGAGGGAUGGAUGUCAGAGAGAUACCAUCGCCACUUGGGAAAGCCCAAGUCUAUACGCCAGGAGAGAUGACCGGUUUAUGGGUUGGGAAGAUCUUCAUACCCUCGCAACCGCAAUUCGAAUCCCUCAUCCACGCCUCCCUGUUCCAACCUGGCCGGUCCCCUAGACUACCGGACAACUUCAGCGAAAACACGUUCGGCUUUCUCGCUUCAUUACCCGUGUAUAUGAGAUUGCGAGAACACCGCCGUAUCUCAACGACCACACACCGGUCAGCCCCGGUUCCAGGAGGCUCGAUGUUGAAUGCGUGGCUCCCCGAUAGCAUGGAGUAUAAUGAAGACAAGGGCAAUGGAAAAGUUGAGCUGUCGUUUAGCGGUGCUCGGAGGGCGUUCUAUGAGACCCUACGCCGUGGAGCUGAGAACGUAGACGACGGUUGGGAAGGGGAUGAACAUGAUGGUGAUAUCAUCAUCACUGGGGAGACGGAUCCGAGGCAUGGUGAGGCGUGGCAACACUAUCGGUUCUAUGGGAGGAUUCGAAAGUGGGAUGGAUGUGUUGCUAUAAUGAGAGUUCCUGUUGAAGACACGCAAACCGAGAGUUCGCAAAAAGGCAGGAUCCUCUUCUACGGUACGUUGGUUGGUGGUGGAAAGAAUUUUGUCGGGAACUGGAGGGUGACUGAUGCAGAUGAAAGUUCUCCCGCCUACGAGGGAGCUUUUAGCUUGGGAAAGCACGAAGAGUAGACUAGAGAAGGGCGUGCAAGGUACAGUCAUCGUUGGGCGGCCUGAUUGGGUAAUUCUUCCUUGUCUACGUAUACCAUGCGUAACCUAGCCCACUGUUGUCUUGUUCUCUUGUUUUCCUGAUCUAUGUAGUCCUAGUAGUACCGAGCAACUGUUUUGUGGAUGUACUAUAUAGUGGUGUUUUAUAACUUGAUGAAACCACCCUUGCGA